GAGUCUCGAUCUUCACUGUCUGUUUGGAAAGCUUCAUAGCUGGCUGUUCUAAACGGUAUUGCGUGCGCUUCGUGAAAACUCAGAACGUUGAAAUCUCACAUUUAAUUUAUUAAGUGUAAUAACUUGCUUUUGUGCUUCGUGUUAUAAUUCAAUUGUCACCAAUUCAAAAUGCGUGAAUGUAUCUCUAUCCACGUUGGCCAAGCUGGUGUCCAGAUCGGUAAUGCCUGCUGGGAAUUGUACUGCUUGGAACAUGGGAUCCAACCCGAUGGACAGAUGCCAUCUGACAAGACCGUCGGAGGUGGAGACGACUCAUUCAACACCUUCUUCAGUGAAACUGGUGCCGGCAAACAUGUCCCACGAGCUGUAUUCGUCGACUUGGAACCAACUGUCGUCGAUGAAGUCCGUACUGGAACCUACAGGCAAUUGUUCCAUCCCGAACAAUUGAUCACUGGCAAGGAGGACGCCGCCAACAACUACGCUCGUGGUCACUACACAAUCGGAAAGGAAAUCGUCGACUUGGUCUUGGACCGCAUCCGUAAAUUGGCCGAUCAAUGCACUGGACUCCAAGGUUUCCUGAUCUUCCACUCCUUCGGUGGUGGCACUGGAUCCGGUUUCACCUCACUGUUGAUGGAACGUCUCUCUGUCGAUUACGGCAAGAAAUCAAAAUUGGAAUUCGCCAUCUACCCAGCCCCACAGGUCUCCACUGCUGUCGUCGAACCAUACAACUCGAUCUUGACCACCCACACGACCCUUGAGCACUCCGACUGCGCUUUCAUGGUUGACAACGAGGCUAUCUACGAUAUCUGCCGUCGCAACUUGGACAUUGAACGCCCAACCUACACCAACUUGAACAGGUUGAUCGGCCAAAUCGUCUCCUCGAUCACUGCCUCCCUGCGAUUCGACGGUGCUCUCAACGUUGACUUGACUGAAUUCCAGACCAACUUGGUACCAUACCCACGUAUCCAUUUCCCAUUGGUCACCUACGCCCCAGUCAUCUCUGCCGAGAAGGCUUACCAUGAACAGCUAUCUGUUGCCGAAAUCACGAAUGCUUGCUUCGAGCCCGCCAACCAGAUGGUCAAAUGCGAUCCUCGUCACGGCAAGUACAUGGCCUGCUGCAUGUUGUACCGAGGAGACGUCGUCCCCAAGGACGUGAACGCGGCCAUUGCCACAAUCAAGACCAAGCGUACCAUCCAAUUCGUCGACUGGUGUCCAACCGGCUUCAAGGUUGGUAUCAACUACCAGCCACCAACUGUUGUCCCAGGUGGUGAUUUGGCCAAGGUCCAACGUGCCGUCUGCAUGUUGUCCAACACCACUGCCAUCGCUGAAGCCUGGGCCCGUCUUGAUCAUAAAUUCGACUUGAUGUACGCCAAGCGCGCCUUCGUCCACUGGUACGUCGGUGAAGGUAUGGAGGAAGGAGAAUUCUCAGAGGCCCGUGAAGAUUUGGCCGCUCUCGAGAAGGAUUACGAAGAAGUUGGCAUGGACUCUGGAGAUGGAGAAGGCGAAGGAGUCGAGGAAUAUUAAGCGAGGACGAAAUUCCAAAUAUUCUUUGGGAAGAUUGCUCUAAGCAUCUGAGCACAACAGCAAAUUGAUGUGUUGAAAAUAAAAAAGAAACACUGAAUCUAAA